CGCCUCACCCUCCCUGUCCUUCCCGCGGGUCCCGUGGCCCGGUCGCAGCGCGGAGACCCUCGGCACCCCUGCGAACAUGGCGCUGCGAGUGGCGCGGAGCGUGCGGGCCGCGGCCUGCAGCCUGCUCGCGGCCUCGGCGCCCGCUGCACCCUGCUCGCCUCUGCCCUGGCGGCUGCGGGCGGGCGCCGUCCGGACGCUGCGCACUGGACCCGCUCUGCUCUCGGUGCGUAAAUUCACAGAGAAACAUGAAUGGAUAACAACAGAAAAUGGUAUUGGAACAGUGGGAAUCAGCAAUUUUGCACAGGAAGCUUUGGGAGAUGUUGUUUAUUGUAGUCUGCCUGAAGUUGGGACAAAAUUGAAAAAACAAGAUGAAUUUGGUGCCUUGGAAAGUGUGAAAGCUGCUAGUGAACUCUAUUCUCCUCUAUCAGGAGAGGUAACUGAAAUUAAUGAAGCCCUUGCAGAAAACCCAGGACUUGUCAACAAAUCUUGUUAUGAAGAUGGUUGGCUGAUCAAGAUGACACUGAGUAACCCUUCAGAACUAGAUGAACUAAUGAGUGAAGAAGCCUAUGAGAAAUACAUAAAAUCUAUUGAGGAAUGACAGUGGAACUCUUACAUGAACUAGUAUGGAAUAACUUAAUCCAGCACAGUUUUCUCUUAAAUUAGUGGCGGACAGGACUUAAAAUAGCAACUUUUAGCAAUCUUGAUGGAAGAAAUACUACUUUCAACUCUGCUACUGGAAGAAAAUAUACCCUAACUUUGUAAUGAAUGCAGAAAAACUCAAUAUGCAUCUUUUUCACAGUACCUUGUGAUUUUUAUACUAGGCCCUAGGCACUGGUAUUCAGAAUACAUGAAGUUAUCUGUGGUAAAAACUAGUUUUACAAAUAAUGUAAUUCAAGGAUAACAUUGUUAUCUUAAGCCUUAUGUAAUAUUGUAACUUGCUUAUACUCAUCCCUGGAUUGGGGUCAAAAUAUGUAAUGAUCUUUCCGUUGGAAGUAACUGGGAAUACACAACAGUUUUUGUUAGUUGUACAGUGCCAGAGAAAGAACAAUACUAUCUUAAUUUUUGCAAUAUACUGCAUUUGCUGGUGCUGUUUUAUGCAGUGAAGCAGCAGCUCUACAGCAAAAUAAGAAACAUAAAUAAAGUUUCAACUUCCUCAUAUCAUGUUUUGAUGUUAAUAUUUGAUUAAGUGACUUGGCUAGUAUCUAUGAAGAUGCUAAUUUUAACUUAUAGAAAGUUAUGUUUUAAAAGAAAGUUUAAACUGUAACAAUGAAAGGUUCCAAGAAAUGUUUCCUUUUAGUUGCAAAUUAAUUCUGGUAGAAUCAAACACUUGUCAUCUUUAAUACAGGCAAAAAGAAAUCACUGACUUUUUCAUCACGCUAGAUUAGAAAUGAGAAGAGGAAAAACAAGGAAAUGUGAACCUUUUUUUGAUCAGCAUAGUACAUGGUAUUCUUAAGAAGUGAAACCAUAUGCAGGUUUCUACUUAAGUCAUGGGAACAGAGGUGGCCAUGCAGCAAGGGCCUGUGAGCUGCAACACUAGUCAACCCCUGCUUAGUUAGGGUGCCAAAUGUUAUUUUCAAGUGGUUAAUAUGUAGGGCAUACUUACUGUCUCUAAGUUAGUCAACCAUAACAGUUUUAGGGGCUGGGUUAAAUACAUGUACAAAUAAGUAGAUAUUAAUACACACAAAGCAGGAGCUAACUCCUGUAUCAUUUUCCUAGUUACUAUAGAAAAAGGGUAAUAUUCAGAUAUUACUACCUCUGGUGGUAAACAAACAGCAAAUAUGAGAACUUGGAAGUAGGAAGGUAAAUAACAUGCAAUCUUCUCAGCUCUUUAGCAAAAGAAAGCAUCUUUCCAGGAGUGUCCUAAUGGCCACAUCACAGCUGGAGUGUACAUCUGUACUCUUUAACAAUAGAGUAUCCAGAUAAUUGUCUCCCUAUUUGAGCAAUUAUUAAUUGGGUUAACUAAUCUCUCUGCUUUAGAAAUACACAAGUCACACAUAAUCUGUCCCCAAAAUCAGCAUAAUAAUUAUAUAAAUUUACCUUUUUGUUUUGAAGGUGAUCUCUUAUAUUGCUUUGCCCAAGCUAGGUAAGACAUCCAUUGCUACCACCAUUUCUCAGAAAGGUGAUGGGGACAGUAAAUGAUUUAAUAGUUGCAUGUUAAAUGUGGAGUGCUACAUUUCCUAGUCUACUCUUUAUCAUCCCUAGGCAUAUGUUACUCUAAAUUAAAUAGGAGUGUUUGGCACUGCACUUAGAAAAUUAGGUUCCCACAUUAGAGUGCCUGGGUUUGACUCCCUGCUCCCAACUCCAGCUUCCUGUCUCCCUGGGAGACAGCAGGCCAGUUGUCAAGUUCCUGCCACUCAUGUGGGAGACCUGGAUUGAGUUCCCACUUUUGGCCUCCUGGCUAUUGUGGGGAUUUCAGGAGUGUAGUGAACCAACGGAUGGGAGAUGCUCUCUUUGUGUCUCAAUUUAAAAUUUAAAAUAAAUACCUCUAAAAAAAUACUUAAGUAUUCUCCCUUUUUUUUUCUGGUUAGUUUAUUUUUUCAAAAAUCCAGCUCUUCAUUUUAUUAAUUUUUGUUUCAAUUUUGUUUCUUCUCUAGUUUUAAUUAUUUCGUUUUUCUACUAAUUAGGGUUUGGUUUGUUCUUAUUUUUUUAGGUCUUUGAGGUACACUGUUAGAUCAUUUAUUUGAUGCCUUUUCAAUUUCUUGAUGUAGGUACUAAUUGCUAUAAACUUAAACACUGCUUUUGCUGUAUCCCAUAGGUUUUCAUAUGUUGUGUUGUCAUUAAAUUCAUUUCUAGGAAUUUUUUAUUUCCCCUUUGAUUUUUUUCUAUGACCCACUCUUCAUUCAGGAGCAUGUUCUUCAUUCUCCAUGUGUUUGCACAUUUUCUAGCUUUUUUUUUUUUUUUUUAAGAAUUUAAGUUGUUAAUUUCUAGUUUCAGUCUACUGUGGUCAGAAAAGAUACAUGGUAAGAUUUAAAUUUUCUUGAAUUUAUUGAGACUUGCUUUAUGGCCUAGUAUAUUGUCUAUCCUAUAUAAAGUUCCAUGCAAUGAUGAAAAGAAUGUGUAUUCUGUACCUGCAGGAUGAACUGUUCUGUUGAUAACAAUUAGGUCCAUUUGGUCAGUAGUAUAAACUAGCUGUUUCUUUGAUUUUCUGUCUAGUUGAUCUGUCCGUUUAUGAGAGUGGAGUGUUGAAGUCCCCCAUUAUUGUAUUGGAGUCUGUGACUUUUAAAUGCCCAGAUGCACUGGCACUGGGUGCAUAUAUGUUUACUAUAGUUGCAUGAUGCCCUUCUUUGUCUCUUUUAACAGGUUUUGUGCUAAAGUCUAUUUUGUCUGAUAUUGACAUGGCUAUUUCUGCUUGUUUUUGUUUUCCGUUAGCAUGAAAUAUCUUUUUCCAUCCUUUCACUCUGAAUCUAUGUAUAUCUUUUUGGUGAGGUGUGUUUCUUGUCUUUUAAUCCAUUAAGUCAGUCUGUAUCUUUUAAUAGGAGAAUUCAGGCCAUUUACAUUCAAAGUUAUUAUUGAUAAAUAAUGACUUGGUCCUUCCGUUUUUCCUUAAGUAUUCCUGUUGUUUGUUUUGGAUUUCCUUUGUAUUUUUACCAGGAGAUUUUCUGCCUUCACAUUAUUUCAUAAUGAUGACUAUGUUCCUCUAUUUCUGGGUAUAGUACAUCCUUAAGUAUCAUUUGUAAGGCUGGAUGAGUGGUGACAAAUUUUCAAUUUGUUUUGGAAGGUCUUUAUUUCACCUUCAUUUAUAAAUGCUGGGUACAGUAUUCUGGGUUGAAUUUUAUGGUUACUGGUGAAUUAAGCCUAUGAUUAUAGAGGGGACUGAAAUUAUGUCUUUGCAAAAAUGAAAGAAAAAAGGAAGAGGGGGAUUGAGGGAAGAAAAGAGUGAGGGAAGGAAGUAUGGUUAUCAUCUUAUAAAAAUUAAACAAAUACUUAAUGUUUUGGGGCAGCGUUAUGGUGUAGCAGGUAAAACCACUGCUUGCAAUGGCAGCAUCUCAUAUGGUUGCUGGUUUAUGUCCAGAUGCUCCAUUCCUGAUCAAGCUUCCUGCUAAUGGCAUGAGAAAGCAGCAGAGGGAUGGCCCAAGUGCCUUGGCCCCUGCACCCAUGUGGGAAACCUGGAUAAACUUCCUGGCUCCUGGCUUCAGUCUGGCCCAGCCCAGGGCAUUAUAGCCACCUGGGGAGUGAACCAGUGGAUGGAAGAGCUCUCUCUCCCUCUCUCUGUAACUCUGACUUUCAAAUAAAUAAAUCCUUUUUAAAAAGUACAUAAGUGGGAAUUUUGUGGUGGAAAAGACAAAUGUUCUAAAAGUGGGAAGCAGCAAUGACUUUGGAGUAGAAACACAACAGUAGUUGGAGUUUCUGAAAGACACAGGCAGUUUUUUUCCCCUUCUCUUCUCAGACACUUGCUCUGUAACACCUACUCUAAGACCUAACAAAAAGCAGACUGCGCCAACUUGGUCUUUCACUCCUGGCUCCAGAUUAGCCUGGAUCUGGCCACUGUGGCCAUUUGGGGAGUGAACCAGUGGAUGGAACAGCUUUCUCCCUCUCUCUGUAGCUCCACUUCUCAAAGAAAUAAAUAAAAUCUUUAAAAUUAUGCUAACUCUUAAGUCUGCUUUCCAUACUGCUCUCAGCAAUCACUGCAAUUGCUCAGAUCCAGCCACUCCUAGGAGCCAUCCAUCCUCAGAGAGGGCCCUUUGCACUGACAUUGAAUCUCUUCCUCCCCUGCAAUAAGGCUGUACUACUGACCAUCUACCCGCCUAUCUUUUUUUCCCUUUAAGUGGAUUUUAUUAGAUCAUUUGGUAUGUGAAUUAAUUCAUCUCUGCAUAGGCUAGUGCCUUAACUCUAAUCCUCUUAAUUAAUGAAAUGUAAACAGCUAUGUCUUGUAAUUAAUAAAGUUGCAUCUUGCCUUAAUACAAAAAAA